CAAAAAAUUCAAAGGAUUUACUUAACUACUUCCGAUCAAAUACUAUAUUCAGAACAAUCAAAGGCUUCUACUGAUAAAGUUGUAAACAGUCAACUUCAAAGCAAAGCAGCUGUAUAGUAUACUACUAACAACUAUGGCAGCAUCCUCUGACUUUAAUGAAUAUGACUAUUAUGUCAUCAGUGACGAUGAGGAAUGGGAGAAAAAUACAAUAAGUGGGUUGAAGAAAAAAAAAAUACGUUGUAUUAGCAGAAAAGAGUGGAUUCCUGGAAAGUCCAAACUUGAUAAUUUGAUAGAACCACUUAAAAAUUGCAAGAAGGUUGUUGUAGGAUUUCAAUCAUCAUCAUUAUCUGGUAAUCCAAAUUAUUUGGCACAAACUGUUGUUCAAAAAAUGCUGGAUAACAAUAGCAUUAACAAAGGAAAACUUAUUCCUGUAAGAAUAUCAAAAGAUGCUAUGAUACCAGAAUGUCUAAGCCUGUUAACACCAGCAAAUGGUUGGGAAGACAACUUUUUUGAGAUGUUGUUGUAUGCAUUAUAUGAAGAAAAAUCAGCAACACCACAAAUGAGCAAGAUGUCUGCAGACAAGGCAUGGCACACAGACGAAAGCAAAGAUGAACAAAUUACAUGUCAAACUCAUUCCACCAAAAAACUGGAAUUUUACUGCUCAACCUGCAAGAUAUCAGCAUGUAAACGGUGUGAAAAUAUUUUUAACUGUUACCGGAACAAACAUGAAGUGAUUGAAAUGAAAGUGGCUGUAAAUGAGUUUAAUGGCAAUGCUAAUGAACUUAUCGCGAUAGCUGAGGAAAUUACAAACAGAUUGCAUGGGACAUUUGAUUACAUAAAUAAAGAUCGAUCACAUUUUAACAAUCAUCUACAAUUAUGUAGAAAUGCUAUAGAACAUCAAGAAGAAACACUUAUCAAACAAAUAAAAGAGAAAAGCAGAGCACUGAAGGCAGAUCUUGGAGAGAGAUACAAAACUAAGAAAGAAGAGCAUGAAAGUAAAAUAAAAGACCUUGAUUCAAAGCUGAGUCAAGUGAAUAAUCUGAAAUCAGCAAUUAAUGCACUAAUUAACAAACCAGAAGAAACAGAAAAACUUCAAUCACUUAAGACAACACUAAACACCAUUAGAGAUAAGGUCCUAGGAACUGAUGUUGAUAAAUCAUUUCAAAUGAUGACACCAUAUUUUAAUCCAUCUAAACAAUUGAAUGAGUUAUUGAAUACAGAGGGCAUUGGUAAAAUCAAAACUGCUGAUAGCAUGAUGUGUAAGGUUACUAAAGAUGAUGAAGCAAUUACUGUCAAAAAAGUAGAAACCUUUGUAGUGACUGUAUCAAGCGUAAGUGAGAGUGAUACAUGUAAAUUAGCUGCCACAUCAAAGGAUCUCCAAUGAAUAUCAAGGAAUCCAUGAUACUUGUUCAUACCAUUGAUAACAUUUCAAAAUAUAAAGAACAUUGAAAGAAGGCUAAAGUGACAGAUGUCAUGUUAGAUAAAGAUGGAUGCACAUUAUUAUCAAGCUACAGUAAAGAUAUAAUAAUGUUUAGUCAAUCAGGUUCAUUUGUUGCUAGGAUACAAUUACCACAGCAGGUGCAGGUCAAUAAAUGCAUCUAAUGAGUGAUGGUCACAUGGUGUACAGUGAUUACUUAGGAAAAUGUGUUGUAAUUUGUGAUGAUAAAUAUAGAGAAAUCCACUCAUUUGGUAAAAGAAUAUUGAAAUAUCCAAUGGGUUUGACAGUUAACAAGGAAAUUAGAGUACUGUAUGUAGCGGAUCGUGGGCUCACUUUGUGUUUAAAUUCAAUGUCGACGAUGGUAAACUGCUGGGUAAGAUAGGUUAAAGUGAAGAGGUCAAAUGAAUAAACCAGAAGAUGUCAAUUUAACCAAGGAAGGUCAUAUGAUUGUUGCUGACUUUGAAAAUAGCAGAGAAUACAAACGUUUGAUGAAAAAUGAGGGGGGAGUCGUUCAUUGAAAUUAAACAUUUCAAGCCUUAAUUAUUGGGAAGUAAAAAUACAGCACUUUUAAGGGUCAAGAUAAUUGCCUUCAGAAAAAUUAUUAUUAUUAAGAUUAAUUUUGCCAACGAGUACAUCAUUGUGUUAUUUUUGGCAUGCAUUAUUUUUCCUCUGCUCCCAGUUGGAGUAUAGGGGAAUGCUUGCUCAAUG